GACACGGCGCGGCACCGGGGUGGAGCGGGGCCUGGCGGGGCCUGGCGGGGGCACUGACAGGUAUUGUUGACCCCGAAGAUUUUGUGUCUCAAAAAGAACUGAAGAUUAAUCUGCGGCUGCAGUAUUUUGCGGCGUCAGAAAAGUAGUGGGUCGUCAUGAAGCAAAAUUAUUAAAGGGACAUUGUCCCUGAGAUUUUCUUCUAUUUAACAAUGGACUCCUAAUGUAAGUGAAGCUAUACUUCAAGGAAUGAGGAAGACAAUAUUGAAGAAGAUGCCUGACAGGAGGGAAGAGUUCUGCUGCUAUUGAGUCUUGGAGCUUUACACGGGCUCAGUGUCACUCUUGAUCAGGUAGAAUACGAAUGGCCCAGAGAAACCAGCAGAUUGAUAUGCAGGUUUUACAUGACCUGCGACAAAAGUUUCCUGAAGUACCUGAAGGUGUUGUCUCCCGCUGUAUGCUGCAGAACCAUAACAACCUUGACGCUUGCUGUGAGUUCCUGUCUCAGGAGAGCACUAAAUAUCUUUAUGGAGAUGGAAACCUGAACAUUUCUGAUGAAUCAAGCCUUUCUGGACUUCGCAAUCAUAUGACUCAACUCAACCUUGAUGUUCAGUCCCAAAACGUGCAUCAACAGUGGAGGGAAGAAAAUCAACUGAACGGAAGCAGGACUUUGGUUCCUAAUAUCAGUGAUGACCCUCAUCAGACUGGCUUAACUAACUUUGAACCUACACAGGAGCCACAGGCGACACCAGGUCAGGUGGCUGCGGCUUUUAAUAUGUUUGGAAUGAUGGACAUGAAUCGUAGCCCUUCUUUGCCGCAGCAGCAAUUGGACUCCAAAGGAACAUCAAGCACAGGCCAACAAGUGCCCAGGUUCAACCCUAUUACCUUCACUCUAGCACCUAAUAUUCAGACUGGUCGUAACACACCUACGUCUUUGCUCAUACGUGGUUUAUCUCCACCUGUACCUCAAGGUAACUCUGUCUACAUUAGACCUUACGUGACAGCACAAAGCAGUGCAAGUCGCCAUGUAUCACAACAGCCAGGCUGGGCAUCUGGGCAACACACUCCUCAGUAUGGUCACAAUCAACAGCAACCAGCUUUUCAGACAUCUCCGUACUCACAUCAGCAACUGGGACAGCAGGUACAAGGUUUCUGGCCCCCUGCUACUUCACAGUACAGUUCAGCAUAUACCUCAUCCCAGCUGCCUCCACAUCCUAGCCAGCAAGGCCAUCAGACGUCUCAUGUCUACAUGCCUAUCAGCUCACCGACUAAUUCUCAACUACCCCCAUAUCAGUCUUCUAGUAAUGCACAACUUUCUCCUUAUAACCCUUACAAUAUUCAGAAUAUCUCAACAGGGCCCCGAAAAAACCAAAUUGAAAUCAAACUUGAAUCGCCUCAGCGGAAUAAUCCAACUAUGCUGCGUUCCACAAGUUCUCGCACAGCACCUUUACCUUCUACCAGCAACCCACCUGUAAAUAGGAGUCAGCCCAAACUCUAUAUUUCUGCCAGUCCUCCAUCUAAUGAGGAGUCGAUUACACGUAACCAGCCAAAAGUCUAUAUUUCAACAAAUCCAACUGCUUGUGAUGACCAGGUUUUGCGAACUCAGCCCACUGUGUACAUAUCAGCAAACCCAGGGUCAAUAUCUUCCUCCAGAAGUGGGACUGGACAAGUUAGCUUGGGCCCAGCCUACAUCCAUCAUCACCCACCUAAGACUCGCGCAACCAGCAAUAGCAAUGCCACCACAUCCCCUCGGGUGGUGGUCACACAACCUAAUACUAAGUACACUUUUAAAAUCACAGUUUCACCAAACAAGCCCCCCGCUAUUUCCCCUGGUGUUGCAUCUCCAACAUUUGAACCUUCAAAUCUGUUAAAUGUCCCCGAUCAUUACAAGGAGCCUGAACCCAUCCAACAUUUGCAGCUCGAUCCUGCUUCAGUACACGACAAUCGGAUCAACGAGACACGAAAACUUAGCACGGGAUCGGAUGAUGCUGCUUACACAGAAGCUUUAUUGGUACAUCAGAAAGCCAGAAUGAAUCGAUUGCAUCGAGAGCUUGAGCUGGAGAAGAAAAAGCUGGAUAAACUGAAAACUGAGGUUAAUGAAAUGGAAAGUGACCUAACCCAAAGACGUAUGAAACGAUCAAGCUCUGCUUCCCAGAUCCCAUCGCUAGAGGAAAUGCAGCAGUUACGAAGCAAUAAUCGACAACUACAGAUCAAUAUAGACUGUAUAACCAAAGAGAUCGACUUGUUUCAAGCAAAAGGACCACACUUUAACCCCAGUGCUAUCCACAACUUUUAUGACAAUAUAGGAUUUCGAGGUCCUGUGCCACCUAAACCCAAAGCAGAGCAGAAGCUUGCUACCAAAACACCAAAGCUUGUAUCAGAUCCAGAGGAGGACGAAGGGGCCCAAUGGAACUGUAGCACAUGUACCUUCCUAAACCAUCCAGCCUUGAACCGCUGUGAACAGUGUGAGAUGCCCAGGCAUUUCUGAGGCAGCGGGCUCACAAGUGGAACGAGUAUCAAAGUAGGAAAGCUCCAAUGAAUACUGAUAGGGAUGAGUCGUUUACAAGUCUGCAAUGAUUUUGAACAGCGAGCGCAAUGUGAAAAGAAUUUCAGUUACAUGCUGGUCUAAAGUGGAAACGUUACUACAGCACAAUAGCCAGCAACCUAACAUCCGUUACCUCUUCUGUGAUGCAGUGGAAGCUUCAAGAGUGCAUUCUGCAGUCCUCACUGUGCCUGAAUACUCUGAGCCUGGAUGUCAGGUUGCCUUACCAGAUGCAGUAUUACCAGUUAAAGCAGUAACUUUUCACAAAGCCGCAACUGUAUAAACAGAUAAGGGACUUACAGUCUCUCCUGUCCUCUCCCCCUCCUCAGCUGUCCCUUCCCCCUCUCC